AUGCCGGUCGAGAGCACCUUCCCUCGAGUCGACAUUCCCAAUGUCGACAUCUACGAGUUCAUGUUCAACAGGCCCGACAAGUCGUUCCCAGAUUCUAGUGUCAUGUACGUUGAUGCGAAGACAGGGCGCGAAUUCACCUAUGGCGAGAUCAAGGACCGCUCAAAGGAGCUCGGUAUCGGCCUCAGGACCCUCUGGGGCUGGAAGAAAGGUGAUGUCAUGGCUGUUUUCACUCUCAAUAACAUCGAGUCGCCACUACUCACCUGGGGUGUCCUAUGGGCAGGUGGUGUUCUCUCCCCUGCAAACCCCGGCUAUACCAUCGACGAGUUCGUCUAUCAGCUUAAGAAUUGUGAAGCCAAAGCUAUUACCACUCAAGCCGAAGUUCUCCCUCUUGUCAAGGAGGCUGCCACAAGAGUCGGCAUUCCGCACGACCGUAUCCUAAUACUUGGCGACACAAAGGUUCCUGGAUUCACUCACUUGACCCAACUUAAGAACAUGUCGCACAGGGAAGUCAAACUUACCAGACGCCCGAAAUUCGACCCAGCGAAGGAUUUGGCUUUCUUGGUAUACUCUAGUGGAACAACGGGUCUUCCAAAGGGUGUUAUGCUUUCACAUAGGAAUAUUGUAGCAAAUAUUCUUCAAGGAACUGCUGCUGAGGUUAAUCUGAAACCCGAAUCGGAUACUGUUCUCGGGUUCUUGCCUUUCUUCCAUAUUUAUGGUUUGACAUGUAUAAUGCACAUGACCUUUUAUCUUGGUAUCAAGCUGGUUGUUAUGGAAAGAUUUGAUCUUGAGAAGUUCUGCCAGUUGGUUGAAACAUACAAGGUUACUUUUGCAUACGUUGUUCCGCCAGUUGUCCUUGGGCUUGCAAAACAUCCAAUUGUUGCAAAAUACAAUCUCUCCUCGAUUAGAAUGAUGAACUCUGGUGCUGCGCCGCUAACGAGUGAAAUCCAAGAUGCACUCUUCAAUCGCCUCAAUCUCAAAACUAAACAAGGCUACGGUCUUUCUGAAACCUCACCAACCACUCACGCUCAACAUUGGGAAGACUGGAAACGUAAAAUUGGUUCCGUUGGGCCAUUGCUUCCCAACAUGACUGCCAAAUACGUCGGCGAUGACGGCAAUGAAGUCCCUGCUGGCCAGACCGGAGAAUUAUGGCUAAAAGGUCCUAACAUCAUGAUGGGAUACUGGAAGAACGAGGAGGCAACAAAGGGCUGUAUGACUGAGGAUGGAUAUUUCAAGACUGGUGACGUUGGCCACCAGGAUCAGGAUGGCGAUUUUUAUAUUACAGAUCGUGUGAAGGAGUUGAUUAAAUACAAGGGUUUCCAGGUGCCGCCAGCAGAGCUGGAGGGCAAAAUUGCAUCGCAUCCAAAGGUUGACGAUGUCGCCGUUACGGGAAUCUGGGACGAUGUGCAACAUACCGAAGUUCCAAGGGCAUAUAUCGUCCUCUCCGCAGGGAACAAGCCAACACCAGAAGUCGCCAACGAAAUCAUUGAAUUCGUGGCAAAGAACGUGGCGCAGCACAAGAAGUUAAGAGGAGGUGUCAAAUUCGUAGACGUGAUUCCCAAGAGCGCUAGCGGAAAGAUCCUAAGAAGGGUACUAAGGGACCAGGCGAAGGCUGAGAAGAAGAAAGAAGGGGCGAAGUUGUAA